AUGAUAUUGAAUACCAGCAUUACUCAAAAUCUAGAAGACAUAGGUUGUAGGACGAUUCUUGUAACGUUAAGUGGUGAAUUUGGUAAGGAAGUUACUAGUACCUUACUUACUCUAAAGGCAGCUCUUGCUAAGAAAUACUGUUUUCUACCUCAGGGUGUGACUUAUCCGGCUUGCCACGGUAUCUGGAGACACUGGGCCCCGCCUCUAGAGCGGUCACGACUGGCCACUAUUUCAUUCUGUGGAUCAUAUGCUGGAGCUGUUCUAGGGAUGCCUCUUUCUGGAAUCUUGACAAAACAUCUCGGAUGGCAGUCGGGAUUCUACGUGUUUGGUAUUCUAGGCAUGAUAUGGUGCCUUUUCUGGAUGAUAUUUUCUUUUGAAAAGCCAGCAACAAACCCUCAUAUAACGCAGGAGGAGCGAAUUUAUAUAGAAACGUCUAUAGCCGAGUCUGGCUGUCUGGUUGACAAGGACAUGAAGACGCCAUGGUUAAAAUUCUUUUCAUCAAUGCCUGUUUAUGCGAUAAUAGUCGCCAAUUUCUGUCGAAGUUGGACUUUUUACCUGCUUAUCAUUUCCCAGCCGAUGUAUUUCACUGAGGUGUUCCAUUUUGAUGUUUCCAAGAGUGGUAUUUUAGCAGCACUGCCACAUCUUGUCAUGGCAAUCAUAGUUCCUAUAGGAGGAUUUAUAGCAGACAAGCUUAGGCAGCGCCUCCUCACCACGACUCAUGUCAGGAAAAUAUUUAAUUGUGGGGGUUUUGGUCUAGAGGCUUGUUUUCUGCUUGGAGUUGCAAUCACGAGAAACACGACAACAGCUAUCGUGUGUCUGACCCUAGCAGUUGGAUCCAGCGGAUUUGCCAUCUCAGGUUUCAAUGUCAAUCACCUGGAUAUAGCUCCGCGCUUUGCCAGUAUUCUGAUGGGUUUGUCUAACGGUGUGGGUACUCUAUCAGGCAUGUUAUGUCCAGUUGUGACAGAACUUCUCACCAAGAAGGGGACUGCUGAUGAAUGGCAAAACGUCUUCAUCAUUGCAAGCGUGGUGCAUUUCCUUGGCAUCAUAUUUUAUGGCAUCUUCGCUUCCGGCGAGAAGCAGCCGUGGGCAGAACCACCAGAAGAAGACAGGUGGCGCCCCGAGGAUACGCUUAAAGCAGACGGUUCAGGAAAACUGUUUUCGUAUGGUGCUUUUAAUGGAUAUGAUACAAAUCAAGCAGAGGAAAAGAUGAACGGAGGGGUUAUAUCAAACGGACAUGUAGGGAACGAGUUUCAAGGGAAUGGAGAAUAUGGCGGAUUUGAUAAAAGUGAUGAAUACUAUAACAAUGGGUAUGGAGGGGAUUAUGGGAAAAGGAUGUCAUUUGAUGCACCGUUAUAUAAUACUAAAGAGGAACUUGUACAGGUGCAAUCAAAAGAUAGCUAUCUAAAUGACAAAAGAGAAUUAUAAUAAUUGUGAUAGUAUUAGGUACAGCUUUUGAAUUUAGAUCAUGAAACAACCAUACCACAACGAUCUCGUUGCUUUUUCGAGAAUAUCAUUGCAUUACUCCUCACUAUUUUAUAGAUUUACUUUACCUAUAUGUUGUACAUGAUUACAAAAGUCUAACUAAUCCAUGGUUAGAUUAUGUCUUUGAUUGUCAUUAACAUUUAAACAUUCAUAAUUCUUUCCGAUAAACUUGAAAGAAUGAGAACUUAUAAUGAAGUAAUUUUGCCUUGUUUAUGAAAUCACUAAGUGUUUUUAACAUAUUUAUAAUAUAAAACACUAACAUUACUUUUAAUAUUGUGAUAUGAAAAAAAAACCUGGUAAAGAUUAGAUAUUUAAAUCUUGUAUAAUGAAUAGGCAAGCAGGUGAAUAGGUUAUUAAAUGUAGAGUGAUGCCUUUUACAUUAUGUUUGACACUCUAAAGUGUUAUGUUUUGUAUAGUUUAAAAUGUUCUAAUGAUACAUGUAAAAGUACAAUUUUUUUGCAUGACAUCAUGUUAGUGAUUAGAGUCAUUUGGACGAUAAAUGUAUCUGAUAAAUGGUCGUUACAGAUUAUCCUCGAAGAGUGAAAUUUUCUUAAAUACCGCACAUAUAACAUGCAUGUUUUUAGUCUUUAAUUUACCUAUGUUUCUAAUUAUGCCGAGAACCUAAUGCGAUGUUGGUUUUAAUUUGAAUACAAUCUCGUUAGACUGGAUAAUAGUUGAAUCUUUUCACUAUCAAAAACAUUUGACUGUGAAAAUCUAAUUUUACCCUGCGGCAAAUUUUGGAAUAGAAUGGUAUUGACCGGAAGAAAUACGCCCAUCCCAAAAUUCUGUUAUUAACACAUAGUAUUGGAACAGCCGAAUUCCCCCCCCCCCUUAUUUGAUGUUUUCAAACAGACACUAAUUUGAUUCAAUGUAUACAUGAAGCCCACAUACAAAUGUAUGCCAACUAAGACAUUUUACAGAAUUCCCCCAACUCGAAUGAAUAUCAUUAAAUUACUACUAUCUUGUCCUUUUGAAAACAAUUAAAUAUAUAAUUGAUAUUGGAUAAUGAAAGCACGGAUAUGACUUUUUUUUAUUAUAAAUAACCCAUUUUUGUUAGAAUUGAUAUUAAAAUCAAAUCAUCCUAGCAUGUUAGUCUUUAAAUAUCUGAUUUCAAUAACGUACUAGUAUGUAGUGUGGUAGAGUUUAUUUUUGUAUAAAUUACUCAAAGAAAAAGAGAUGUUAGAGACAUUUGUUAAAUUUUUGUUCGUUUGUUAAUCUUUGUUAUGUUAUAUAUAGUAGAAUGUGUUAUUA